AUGUUUCCCUGGGCCCUCCACCACCUCCCAGGGCCCCAUCAGGAGAUAUUUAGGUACCAAGAGACUGUGCGGGGCUUCGUCCAUCAGGAGAUCAUCAGGCACAAGCUUAGGGCACCUGAGGACCCCAAGGACUUCAUCAGCUGUUAUCUGGCCCAGAUCACCAAGGCCAUGGAUGACCCCGUCUCCACAUUCAAUGAGGAGAACCUGCUCCAGGUGGUGAUCGACCUGUUUCUGGGAGGCACUGACACCACGGCCACCACCCUGCACUGGGCACUCAUCUACAUGGUCCAGCAUGAAGCCGUCCAGGAGAGAGUGCAGCAGGAGCUGGACAAAGUGCUAGACACUGCCCGGGCUGUCCACUACGAAGACCGUGAGCGGCUGCCCUACACCCGUGCCGUCCUCCACGAGGUGCAGCGCCUCAGCAGUGUUGUGGCCGUGGGUGCCGUGCGCCAGUGUGUGACCUCCACCCGUGUGGGUGGCUAUCCGAUGCCCAAGGGUACCAUCAUUUUACCCAACCUGGCCUCCGUGCUCUAUGACCCUGAGUGCUGGGAGACUCCUCGACAAUUCAACCCCGGCCACUUCCUGGACAAGAAUGGAAAUUUUGUGGUCAAUGAGGCCUUCCUGCCAUUCUCUGCAGGGCAUUGGGUGUGCCCAGGGGACCAGCUGGCUCGAAUGGAGCUCUUCCUGAUGUUUGCCACCCUCCUCAGGACUUUUUGGUUCCAGCUGCCAGAGGGAAGCCUGGGACUCAGGCUGGAGUACAUCUUUGGUGGCACCCUGCAGCCCCAGCCCCAGGAGAUCUGUGCAGUGCCCCGCCUGGGCAGCCCAAUUACUAGGGAGGAAGACCUGGCCCUGCGGCAGCAGGUGAUCCAGAGGGGGAAGCAGGGGACAUUCAGCUUGUCCCAGCACCUCCUCCCUUGGGUUCUGGAGGAUCAGCGAGGCAAAGCGAAGAGCCCUCAGGUAGACCGCGGCGGGCCGGCGGGGUCCGCGCCUCCGGCGGGCUCGGCCGCACGCAGCCGCAUGGGGGCGCUCUAG